AAUGAAUGGAAAUCUGGUUAUGUUUCCGGUGGAAGAUCCAGAUCAAUUUGAUUACAUUUACUGGAGAUCGCGUACAGCAUAUGCUGGAGGUAAUGUGAAGCUGAAUUUUGAUAAAAAUGGUCUGCUGUACUUGCUGGAUACUAAUGGGAAAAAUAUAAGGAAUCUAAGUAACAGUAUAACCAUAUUUGGUAAAGCUAUGUAUCGUGCAACGAUUGAUGCAGAUGGAAUAUUCCGAUUGUAUUCACAUAAUUUGAAUGGGCACAGCAACUGGACAGUGGAAUGGCAGUCAUCUGAUAACAAGUGUGAUCCCACUGGCUUGUGCGGUUCAAAUGCAUAUUGUACUCUGGUAGAUCAGGUGGCUGUAUGUGCUUGUCCUCCUGGUUUUGAGUUCAUUGACCAAAGCCAAAAGAACCUGGGAUGUAGGCCAAAUUCAAGUGCAGAUGAUUGCACGAAUACUCGAGAGAGUGGUUUUGCUUUUGAAGAAUUGGAAGGCAUAUCAUGGGAAUCUAAACCUUAUUCUACUCUUCCAUCUGCUACAAAAGAAGCUUGUAGAGAUGAGUGCUUAAAGGAUUGUUACUGUGAAGCUGCAGUAUAUAGGAACCAACAGUGCAGAAAGCAUAUACUUCCAUUAAGAUUUGGGAAAGCCCAGGGAAAUCCAUCAAUGACAACUUUCAUCAAAGCAAAAGUUGCAGAUUUGGGGAUGAAAACUGGAGGCAGUAAUAGAAAGAACGAGCUAAGAACAAGAGGCAUCCUGAUAGCUUGCAUUGCAGUCUCAACACUCGCAUUACUAGCUCUGGUGAUUUUUGGUAUUCUUUUCUACAGAUACCGAGUUUGGAAUUACAAAAAGGUUAUAAAUCAUGGCAAUGAUGAACUGCUUGAUGAUGUAAUUUUGCGAUCAUUUACAUAUGAUGAGCUUAAAAAAGCAACAAACAAGUUUGAGGAUGAAAUUGGCAGAGGAGCUUUUGGGACAGUGUUUAGAGGUGUCAUAUCAAAUGGCAAUAGAGUUGUGGCAAUCAAGAGGCUAGAGAAAGUGGUGGCAGAAGGUGAAAGAGAAUUUCUGAAUGAGAUGAAAGUAAUAGGACGAACUCAUCACAAAAACUUAGUUCGAUUGCUCGGUUACUGCCAUGAUGGAACUAACAGGCUUCUGGUAUACGAGUACAUGUGCAAUGGCUCACUUGCUGACUUUCUUUUCAGGUCUGGGCAAAAGCCAGCUUGGGAGGAAAGAAAUGAAAUGGCACUGAACAUAGCUAGAGGAAUUGUCUAUCUGCACGAAGAAUGCGAGACCCAGAUCAUCCACUGUGAUAUCAAACCUGAAAACAUUCUGAUGGAUGAGAAAGAAUCAGCAAAAAUUGCUGAUUUUGGUUUGUCCAAGCUGCUGAUGCCCAAUCAGUCCAGGACAUAUACUGGAAUCAGAGGAACAAGGGGAUAUGUUGCACCUGAGUGGCACACUAACUUGCCAAUAACUGUCAAGGUAGAUGUGUACAGCUUUGGGAUCAUGUUACUGGAGAUCAUAUGUUGCCGUAGGAAUGUGGAUAUGCAUGUUCCUGACGACCAAGUUGUUCUUGCAAACUGGGUCUACGAUUGCUUUGAGGCUAAUCAGCUAGAUCAGCUAAUCCAGGAUGAAGAAGUGGAGGAAAGUAAACUUGAGAAGCUGGUCAAGGUGGGACUAUGGUGCAUCCAGGAUGAGCCAUCAUCUCGGCCGUCGAUGAAGAAGGUGGUACUGAUGCUGGAAGGGACAAUAGACACACCAGAUCCCCCUAGUCCUCCAUCCUUUUCUAAUUCCAAUAAUGAUAUUACUUGUACAUAAUUUUAGGCUUUCAUUUUUUAAGCUUUCCAUUAGCAAGCCAAGUGACUUAAA